AUGGCGGGCGACGACAUCACGGUGCACGUGGAGUGGCUGGCGCGCCGCCUGGCGCAGCAGCAGGAGGACGCGGCGGCGACGGAGCAGCACCGGAUCAUGACGAACACCCUCCGCGUGUCCCGCGUCCCCGACCACGUCCGCGAGCACAACCGGGACGCCUACACGCCGGGGCUCGUCGCCAUCGGCCCGCUCCACGCCGCAGACCGCAGGCUUCGCGCCGGCUACCGGAUCAAGAUGGCCUACCUCCACAGCCUCAUCUCCCGCGGCCACCCGGACCCCGCACGCCACCUCGCCGUCAUUGAGGGCUACGUCCGCCUCGUCGCCGGGCGCGAGCGGGAGGCCCGCGCCAUGUACGCCGCCGAGGACGUCGACAUGAGCGCCGAGGACUUGAUCCAGAUGCUGGUGCUCGACGGCUGCUUCAUCAUCGAGCACCUCGUCAACGUCUCCACAGGAGUAGAGGAGGCGUCGCUGCACGCCACGCCGUUCGGGCCCGUGCAGCUGUCCGUCGACCUCGUCCUGGCCGAGAACCAGAUCCCGUUCUUCGUCCUCGUCGACCUCAUCAAGAGCACCAGGCUGCCGGAGUUCGACAGCAGGGGGUACCAGCCGGCGGACCUGCUCAUGAAGCUGGUGCUGUACUACCUCGCCGGCGAGAAGGGCCGCGACAUGAGAGAGGGGCUGCCGGCCGCGAACGACGUCUGCCACAUCCUGCACCUGCUCCACGCGAUGGUCACCGCGGCGCGCACCGGGUGGGAGCCGCCGCCGCGGCUCCAGGACGCGGCGCCGGUGGAGAUGAUGAAGGAGGCGGCGCGGCUGCUGCGGCGCCUCCCGCUGCUGCUCCUGGUGCCGCUGCUGUACCCGAUCCUGCCCGAGGAGAGCCGGUGGUGCGCGAGCUACGGGCGGGAGGACCUGCCGUCGGCGAGCGACCUGAAGCGGAUGUGGGUGCAGUUCAACAAGGCGCGCGGCGGCAGCACGGGCAAGGCGCCCGCGGGCAUCGCGUCGGUGCUUGGACCGGUGCCGCUGGCCGUGAAGCUGGCGCACGAGGACCGGCUGCGCCUGCCGCAGCUGCGGAUCGAGUUCCGGACGGCGCCGCUGCUGCUGAACCUGGUGGCGUUCGAGCAGUCCGCGGACCAGCGCGCCGGGGACGUGUCGGCGUACGUGUGGCUCAUGGCGAAGCUGGUGCAGUCGCCGGAGGACGCGGGGGUGCUGGUGGCGGCGGAGGUGGUGGCGUCGUCCGGGAGCGAGAGCAAGGAGGACGUGGCGCGGUUCUUCAAGCGCGUGGGCGCGGCGAGCGAGGCGGCGGCGGAGCUGGAGAAGAGCUACCUGGGCGAGACGCUGCACAAGCUGCGGGAGCGGAGCCAGCACCCGCUCUUCAUGAUGUGGGCGGACGUGAAGCGCAACUACUUCACCGUGCCAUGGGCCGUCGUCGCCGAGUUCGUCGCCUUCAUCACCUUCAUCUCAACCAUACUGCAGACCUACGGAUCCUUCAAGCAUUGA